AUGGCGGCGGCGACUCCAGCGCCGGGGGGGAAGAAGGGAAAUGCGGAUAGUCAACUGAUGAAUACCGCGAAAGACUUCCUGGCAGGGGGUAUUUCAGCGGGUGUAUCAAAGACCAUUGUAGCUCCGAUUGAGCGUGUGAAGAUGUUGAUUCAGACGCAGGACUCGAUCCCGGAAAUUAAGGAGGGGAAGAUGCCACGCUACACAGGCAUCGUCGACUGCUUCCGCCGUGUGUCUGCUGAACAGGGUGUUGCGUCUCUGUGGCGAGGCAACCUGGCGAAUGUGAUCAGAUAUUUCCCUACACAGGCGUUUAACUUCGCCUUCAAGGACACCUUCAAACGCAUGUUCCCGAGAUAUGACCAGAAAAAAGAAUUCUGGAAGUUUUUCUGCACCAACGUGGCUUCCGGGGGUCUUGCCGGCGCUUCCUCGCUGGUCAUUGUGUAUCCCCUUGAUUUCGCGCGAACGCGUCUUGCAUCCGAUGUUGGGAAGGGCACGGACCGCGAAUUCACAGGACUGGUAGACUGCCUGGGCAAAAUCUUCCGCCGCACGGGCUUCUUCUCCCUGUACCAAGGUUUCGGAGUGUCGGUCCAGGGUAUCAUCGUGUACCGUGGAGCGUACUUUGGUCUGUUUGAUACCGCAAAGGCAAUGCUUUUCGGACCCAACAACGAUGCAAACAUCUUCUACAAGUGGGCAGUUGCUCAGACUGUCACAGCUGCAGCCGGUGUGGCGUCGUACCCCUUCGACACUGUCCGAAGGAGAAUGAUGAUGAUGGCGGGGCGCAAGAAGGGCGAACAAGAGAUUCAGUACACAGGCACGGCAGAUUGCUGGAAGAAGGUGUACCAACAGGAAGGCUUCAAGGGUUUCUUCAAAGGUGCGUGGGCGAACGUGCUGCGCGGUGCCGGCGGUGCACUCGUCUUGGUUUUCUAUGACGAGUUGAAGAAGAUGCUCAUGUAA